AUGGUGAAGAAGAGUUCACUCGAAGCAUUUUGGCAGGUGGCGUUGAGCCCGACUCCCUACUACCGCGAGAUCCUGGCGACUUUCUUUGCCGGCUUUUCGGACAAGGCAAGAGAUAUGGCUUGGGACAUUGAAAUGCCGGGCCCAGCAGCCCUGAAAAAGAUCAUGACGGAUGACAUUCCGCUCCAAAAGGCAGUGAAAGAGAAUUUAGAAAUGGUUUUCCAUCGCCACGGUGCUCUUGCUGUUAAGCGUAGCAAGAUUUACCCCAGGUCCCGGCAUUACGCUAGCAACGUCGUUCGGCUCUUGGGAUCGGACGGAACAGUCCUACAGCUCCCCUACGAUCUAACCAUGGGCUUGGCCAGGCUCCUGGCGAAGCACCCAGCAACUAUGCCGGCCGACAAAGUCUAUACGUUUGGCACCGUUUUCCGAAGCUCCAAGGGCAUGGGACAGCCAGUCUCGCUGACGGAAGUAGACUUUGACAUCAUUUCUUCGAAUUCUCGGGAUCUCGCAUUGAAGGAGGCGGAGCUCCUCAAGGUGGACCGGUCGCUCCGACGCAAGACGGCGGAGAUCAUUAGCAAGCUGCACGUCCACGGAUGCACAUGGCAGAAGACUCGACAAGAGUUGCGGUCCGAGGAGGUGGGUGUGUCAGCAACGAGCGUCAAUGAGCUUGAGAAGUUUGAUUUUAAGGGACCACCUGCCGAGACGUUCGCAAGGCUGAAGGAUCUGUUUAAGGGCUCGGAUUUAUACCCAAAGGUCGUCUCUACCAUUGGACACAUCAACGAUAUCGUAGACUAUGCCAACAAGAUGGGGGUGAAGACGCCGAUUGACUUUAACCCGUUUUGCAGCGUUAGGGAAAGCUUCUAUUCGGGCGGCAUGCUCUUUUCGUGCACCUCCCACGGCAAGGCCAAGGAGGUAUUCGCGGCAGGCGGCCGUUAUGACAGCUUGAUACAAGAAUUCCGGCUUAAUGUGGGCGAUGGGCGCGACCAGGAACGACAACGAGCGGUGGGUUUCUCGCUGUCGUGGCACACUUUUGUCAAUCUUUCGAAGACAGGGUCAUCGUCGGCGCAUAAUAAGCGGCUCGAGCACGAGUCGCUGCAGCCAGGGCGGGUUGACGUGCUCGUAACAAGCACGGAUGACUUGCUUCGCCGGUCGUUGGGAUUGGAGGUUCUCGGUACGCUCUGGGAUAAUGGCAUCUCAGCCGAGCUCGCCAGCCACGCGGGCUCGACCGAUGAACUUGCCUUCAACGUCAAGGAUGACGACUAUUCGUGGCUGGUCGUUGUCAAGCCCGACAGGAGCUUGCGGAUUAAAACUAUGAAACGGACGGAUGUGCCCGACGAGGACAUGCCUAUGGGACAUCUGCUUACUUGGCUCCAGCCGAAGAUUCAGGAACGCGAUAUUCUAGCCUCGCGCGCCAGAUCAGCCGUCCAGCGUGAGCACAGCAGCGGUAUCGCACGACGGGGCCAUGACCAAGAGGUAUCGGUGCUUGUUUCGCAGCAGAAGAACAAGAAGAUGAUGAGACAGUCGGUGAUCGACCAGGCGCAGUCCAGCGCCGCGGGAUUCGUGGAAGCCAUGGCGAAUGGGCCAAUUCUCGGCGUAGAAACCUCGGAUGGAGCGCUAACGCUGAUUCAAAGCACACCCCUCUCGAGCGUGGAUGGAUGGAAAAAGCUCGAGCAAGCGGCCGGUUCGGGCGGCAAGGGCUACGUCAGGCAGAUACACGACGAACUGAGUGGGUGGAAGCUUGAGCUCGACGCGGAGAAGCGCCAGCGGCACUGCUUCAUCUACAACUUCCGUACCGGCAAGAUCAUCUACUACGACCUCUCUAUCUAA